UGACAACGUUUUCACAUAAGCUUUUCUCAAAUCACAAAAAGUUUUUUUAAAUAUGACCCUGCUUCAUCAAUGCAGUAUCAUCCCGUCAUUUGCCAGCAUGCAGUCUGGGGAAGCAAACAGCAGCGCUUCCGUCAUUGCAAAUUACCAGCGAAGCUUUCACCUCUUCUGUUGGAACAGAUUCAGCAACUUGAGGAACGAUGUUUUGUGAAUGGAUCUGAAAUCUCAUCGCAUGGUAGCGGAACAGUUCAGAUCACAGAGAAGGAGCUCCAAAACCAAUUGGAAGGUUAUCUCGACUUGCGGAGCAAGCUCCUACAGCCCUUGUAUGAUGCCCAGCAAAUUCUGUGUGGACAUCAUCAGAAAGAGUUUCUCCGAGAACAGGCGGCGCAAGAGCUUAUACAGAAGGAAAAGGCUGCUGGUAUCUACCAGGAUCCUGAAACCAAACGACUGAGCAAAGAUCUACCCAUCGAUCCAAAAGAUAUCCCAAGCGAUUUCCUUAGAGCUAUUGAAAGAGUCUUUUCCAAAGCACCUUCAUUGAUCAUUCAACAAGUGUUGGAUCACUGGGAUGGACCAGAUGAGUGGAAACUGGGUCGGGGAGGGACAAAAACGAGCUAUUGUAAUAGUACUAUUGAUGAUGGUGAUCAAGAUCCCGUUGGCGAGGAGAAAAAGCUACGAGUAGAAGAGUUUCCAUGCCAUGAGUCUUUCGAGGCUCUUUUUGCGGAUGCUGGGACAAAAAAAAAAAGGCAUCUGGCUCAAGAGUCCCAACUUAUUCAGGCCAUGAUUUCACACGGCCUUUUAGAUUGCGUUUCAAGUCCAUUACAUGAAGGUAGUGGUGACGCUAGCGAUAAGAAUAACCACUAUGGCCGCACAGCAGGCAGUAACAAAGAUAGCCAUCAGACAGGGUCAAAACGGAGACCCGUAUUUGUAGAAUUUGGAGCAGGAACUGGAGGAUUAUCCAGACACCUCCAGUUAGUGUUGGAAAGCAUUGUCUCAAAACGUAUCUCAGGACCUUUAAAUACAUCAACCACACCAGAACCAGUAGGGCCAGUAGCAGCAACCUUGCAGACAAAGUUAAAUCACACUAGUUUGGCGAAUAGCGUCUAUGAACCAUAUAAUUUUGUGCUCCUUGACCGCCAAAAGUUCCGUUCGAGAAAUCAGGUUGAUUACAUGAUUCGCACACAAGCUAGACCUGUUAAGCCUCGGCUGUUACGGAUCACUAAGGAUGUGCGAGAGCUUAAGCUCAAAAAUUUACAGCUCAUCCACGAGGUCGAACCUGGUGUGGCAUGGCGCGAGUGGACAGAAGGUGGAGGAGAAGUGGAUCCACAAGAUCAGUCAACUUUGAUCCCCACCCAGUAUAUCUGUAUUUCAAAGCACUUUUGUGGGUCGGCAACAGAUCUUGCUCUAUCGUGGAUACGAGAGCAAAGGCAGCAACAACAACAACAGGGAGAGAUGCAAUCCAGAUCCAAAAGUUUAGACAGCUACUCAAUCUGCUUUGCCACAUGCUGCCAUGGUAUUUGCGAACCUUCACUUGUAGCUAGACCUUACUUAAAGGAGCUUCUGAGUGUAGCAAGCAUUAAGAAAAGGAAACGAGUAGAGAAUGAUCAAAGGAGGGACGAUAAUCCAGUUUGGCAUGGGAAACAACAGAUGCAAAAUCAACAGGAAGAUGAAAAAUAUGACAUUUCAGAUGACCAACUAGGAGUAUGGAUCCCAUGGAUAAUUAAAUUAACAGGAUGGGCGACAUUGGGCAAACAAGAAGAAAGUACACUUGUCGCAAGGCCUGGUAAGGAUGCCUCAGGGCCAGGAAUUUGGAUUAACAAAGAUGACGAAGCGACGACAUUUACAAGAGACCAGAGACGCGUACUAGGAAAGCGAUGCAAGAAGCUGCUAGAUAUGGCGCGAUGCUUGUAUUUAAUUCGAGAAUGUGGCUUCAAGAAUGCCGUGGCAAUUGAGUACACGGAAGAAAGCGUCGAAAGUGGAGCUAUUGUUGGAUCCAUGUAAAUAUCAG